ACCACAAGAGUGUUUAUAACAGUGGCGCUGUCAUUUUUUCUUGGGAGUUCAUAUCGUCACGUGUUCGGUGUACGGGCGCGGGGUUCCAACAUGGCGGAGAAGCGCUCCAAUCAAGCGGCGCGCUGGCACAUAGAAGUCAUUUGGGCGGUUUACACAGCAUCGCGUGCGAACUCACCGCUUGUCGUGACAGCGGGACAGAUGCUUCUCAGGCAAAUGCUGCCUUCAGUGCGGGGAGCGUGGACGCGCCACGGCGCAUGCUCUCCUACCUCUCCCGAGCGGAGGAUGAGGAGCAGCGCCUCGCUCCACAACGAUACUGCUGUUAACAUGCGUGGCUGGGCCUCUGUGCGUGCAGCUCUGUGAGGAGGGGUGCUGAGGUCAUUGUGUCUGCAGGGGAUCUCAUGAUGGAAAAGGAAGAGGAGGGGGAGUCCAGUGGCAACAACCAUAAGACUCAAGUCAUACUGCACCUGCAGCCCAUCUUGCACGGGGCAAAUUAUGACAAUGCAGAUACAAGCAGUACAGUCUUGGCCAUAGAGACACAACAUGAAGACAGCAAAUCAGAGGGAGACAGUGUGGAAUAUGGCUACCCCAUCACUUGUGGAGAAAGCAGAGCUGUUUUACUCUUUAAGAAGUUUGUGUGCCCUGGAAUCAAUGUUAGAUGCGUGAAAUUUAACGACCAGCUUAUCAGUCCUAAGCAGUUUGUACACCUGGCAGGGAAAGCCACUCUCAAGGACUGGAAAAGGGCCAUCAGACUGGGCGGGGUUAUGCUCAGGAAAAUGAUGGACUCCGGCCAGAUAGAUUUUUACCAGCAUGACACGGUGUGCAGCAACACGUGCCGCAGCACCAAGUUUGACAUGCUGAUCAACAGCACGCAGGUUCCUCCGGGGACCUCAGUGCAGCCCAACCCCUCAUGUUUGACUCUGGAGCCUCUUGGAGGACAGGUGCCUCCCCUGACAGGAGAUGUUGUACAUGAUUCAACUGACAUCGAGGAGUCUUUGGAGGAUAAGUUUGGAGGAGAGUGGAAAACGGCAAACAUCACCACAGCCAAUGGACAUGCAAAGAGGAAGAGGACCGAUACACCUGAUGCCAUAUUGAGCCUGUGGAAGGGUGUGGCAGAGUGCGGACUGAUGGGGGGUGUCCUCGCCGGUCUCCAGACGCAGUUAUUGGCUACUCUGAAGGGACUUGAGGUUCGCACCGAGACGGAGUUGCAGGAAACGGAUGCCAUCAUAUUAAAUUCCCUGUGUGAGAUGUUUGGCCUCUUAGACUCAGUGAAGCAAGUGCUGGAGCAGAGAUGCAGCCAGCGGGAUGACAGCAAAGAUGAAAGCGUUUAUGCACUGGGGGAUCUGUCAAAGGAAAGAAGGAAGCAGGCUUGUAUUAAAAACCCAUCCUACAAAACUGCAGCCCACAAGCACCUUCGACCCCAACGACACCCGCCAUCCAAUGUCAGCAACACUGUGAUCCAGCCUCUCUCUCUCGUGGGCUUACCCGCACCGCCGCACACUCAUCCACCCUCCAUCAACCCUACGCAUGUCGGCCACUUCCUCGCGCAAAGGGGACUGCGCGGUAAGGGCCAAGAGAGGGCGCGGGCGCUCUGCCAGUCUGACAAAGCGGGGAACGUGCACAGGCCCGGACAAGGACUAACCUUGGGGACACGCCAAGAUCUUGGACAGAGGGGGUGCACGCUUCAGCCUCAGCUAGCAAGCGAGGAGGUAAAUGAGGGAGAGACCUUGCGUGACUUUCAAAAGGUGGCUUUGGGGAGGAAGGGGUUGAAAAAACUCAAAAGUAAAUGAAACCAAGAUAUUCCCAAAGUCUAAAGCAAAUUACUUUCUAUGUUUCCCCUCGUGUAAAAGUAGUCGGGGAAGUGUGGAAAAAUGCCACAUUUCUGACAAUAUUUGUAUUGAAAAAUUAUUUUGUGAGUGAUUGUAUAAGUGUUGAGUUUUUUAUGACGCUAAUUUUUAAACACCUCACUCAGGCUUGUAUUUAGUCACAAUAUGUGCAAUAAUGCGUAAAGAUGCUGCACAAUAAAAGCAAGUUGUUAUGAAAGUUGUAAGACUAGAUCCAUGCUUGUUAUUGGGCAGACAUAGGCUCUAUGCACUGAAGAAUAAUCAGACCUUUUUAAAGCUUCAGCAUAAAUGAAAAAAUCUUUUACAAUAGAAAAAAUCUGAUCUAUAUUGUGUCAAAGCGUUGUUUUGUUUCUAAAUAAAGACCCUGUAUGAUUUAUGAAACAUAUUUUAAUAAAUCACUUCAUGCUUAAAGCUAUAUUUGUUUUAAAUGCUAAUGUCCCUCGGUUAAUGCUCCACUGGUGCAGUCUCAAUAUUUUCCACCAUUGCUGCUAUUAUUUGGUAGUUUAGAGGGUAAAUCAAUAAGAAAUUAUAUCUGCAAAGCUGCCCUUUGGGUAUUGACCUUUCAAACAUGCUGGAUUUGAGGUCACACACACAAAUCACUGCGUUUUUUUGUUCAUUAGUGCAGUACGUCGUGUGAUGGAUGACCAAUAGUAUACUCUCUUAGCUUGUUGUUCAUCAAUGCAUGUCAUCUCAUGCGUGAACACGAUUGCAGCUGUUAAAAAGCGAGGAUUUAAUCACUAUGCAGCUUUUCAUAUCCACACUUUUGAAUCCAUACACAGUGAGACCUCUAAUAUCAAACAGGUAUAAUUUGGAGUAAAACAGUU